AGCGCCAGGAGCCGGGAAGUGUGUGACAGAGCCCGGCUAGGCUGUCGACAGCGGCGCGUCAGCCUCCACACACACACACAUACACAUGCGCGCACACACACACACGCACACCACACACGCACACACACACGUGGGGCGAUAGAAGAGAGGAGAAGCGUCGAUAUGAGCGGACACUUUGAGGAAGACGCGCACCGUAGGACGGAGAGGAAAGGCAGUAAAUCCCCCACUUUGCUGUCUUCUUACUGCAUUGACAGCAUUCUGGGCCGCCGGAGUCCCUGCAAGGUGCGGCUCAUUGGCGCGCAAACUUUGGCUGCACUGCCCGGCAGAGGGGAGCUCGACAGGGCGGCUCUGGGCCCCAUCAGAGAGCCGCUCUCCCUGCCUGGAGUGGACAUGCACCUGCCCCCCAAGCUCCGCCGCCUCUACGGCCCUGGAGGAAAGUACCUCCAGGAGCAGGCGGACAAGCUGGACCGAGAGCGGGUCCUGCUGGAGGGGGCCGCGGACAGCCUGAAGAUCGUCCAGGCUCCGCAGGUGAGCAUCAGCCGCAGCAAGUCCUACAGGGAGAACGCGGCUCUGAGCCGGCCGGAGGGCGAGCGCAGAAGCCCCGCGGAGGCUGCGGAGAGCGGCGGCCUCAUGGAGCGGGAGGAGCUGACCAAGUUGGAGGAGGAGGCGGUGAAGGAGGAGGAGAGCUCCGGCGGGGAUGCUGCGGCGCUCUCCCCGAAGGACGAGGAGCGGGAGGGCUUGAACGCCGGGGACGGGGAGGACAGCGUGUGUCUGUCCGCCGGCAGCGACUCGGAGGAGGGCAUGAUGAAGCGCAAGCAGCGGCGCUACAGAACCACCUUCACCAGCUACCAGCUGGAGGAGCUGGAGAGAGCCUUCCAAAAGACGCACUACCCCGACGUCUUCACCAGGGAAGAGCUCGCCAUGCGUUUGGAUCUGACCGAAGCCAGGGUGCAAGUGUGGUUUCAGAACCGCAGGGCCAAGUGGAGGAAGCGUGAGAAGGCGGGCGUGCAGGCACACCCGCCGGGCCUCCCCUUCCCGGGUCCCCUGGCAGCAGGCCACCCUCUCAGCCACUACCUGGAGGGAGCACACUUCCCGCCUCACCCGCAUCCCGCCUUGGAGUCGGCGUGGACGGCAGCAGCGGCCGCCGCCGCCUUCCCGGGCCUCGCCCCGCCCCACCACAACGGCUCCGCACCGCCGCUCGCCACCUCCCUCGGCUUGGGCACCUUCCUGGGCACGGCGGCCAUGUUCCGCCACCCGGCUUUCAUCGGGCCCACCUUUGGCAGGCUCUUCUCCAGUAUGAGUCCUCUGACCAGCGCUUCCACCGCCGCCGCGCUCCUGCGACAGCCCGCCCCCGCCGCGCAUGACAGCUCCCACGCAGGCCCCGUCCUCCCAGACCCGUCCCCUGCCGCCGCCCCUGCGUCUUCUUCGGCUGCAGCGGACCGCCGGGCCUCCAGCAUCGCCGCCUUGCGCCUCAAGGCCAAGGAACACUCGGCCCAGCUCACCCAACUCAACAUCCUGCUCCCCGGCGCCACAGGAAAGGAGGUGUGCUGAAUACUCGACCCCCCCAACCCCCAAAAGAACGAAAAAGUCCCCCCAACAAAGUAGCACAACCAAACCAAGUAAAAAGGAAAAAAAAACUGCAUGAGCGCCACAUCAUUUGCUUUACAUUCUAAGAUCCAAUGCAAGAACUGCCUCAAAAAAGAUGGACUAAAAAUGUUCAUUAUAAACUCACAGCAAUUGUAUUUCUUUCACAGUAACAUUCCCCGUAAUGGUAACACUUUAGUAUGGGGAACAUAUUGUAAGUAACAAAGACUUCAGUGAGAAUUAUUUGGACACUAGGGGAACAUAUUGUAUAAGUAACAAAUACUUAAUUUAGAGUUAUUUGGUUAGGGUUAGAGCAGGGGUCGAGAACCUUUAUGGCUGAGAAAGCCAAAUAUUUUAAAAUGUAUUUCCUUUCUUUCAUAGUUCUUUUUAUUGAUUUGACAUUCACAUUAACAAUAAAUUCAAACCGUCUUCAUCCCCUACCCCUGCUGUCACUCAAAACAAAAACAAUAAACAAAAGUAAGAGUACAAAAGUACCCAGAGUAAAAAAAUAAAAUAAAUAAACAAAGUUCAAUACAAGGCACUUGAGACAAAGUAAUUGAAAACUGAAAGACACUGUAGAAGCAGCAUGACAAGGCCUGAAACGUCAGCAGUCAUAUUAAGGUACAUAUCUAGGGCUCUUCCUGCACUUGUGUAGAGGAUUGGUCAAAAAAAGUCAAAAAAGGUCUCCACGCUUUAAAAAACUUGUUUUCAGAGCCCCGUAAUGUAUAUCUUAUUUUCUCGAGCUUCAGGUUUGCUAACACGUCCCUUAUCCAGUGGGAGACUGAGGGUGGGACAGCCUCCUUCCACUUCAACAAUAUCAGGCGGCGUGCGAGGAGGGUGGUAAAGGCAGCUGUUUUGUGACCCCCUACAGGUAGUUCCAUCCCUUCAGGAAUUAUUCCAAAUACUGAAAUUAGAGGGUUUGGAUCGAUUUGAAUUGUUAAGAUCGUGGAGAGUGCUACGAAGAUGGAUUUCCAGUACCCCUUUAGCUUCGGACAAGGCCAAAACAUGUGUAUUAAUGUUGCGUUAUGUAGUUUACAUCUAUCGCAUAAUGGGUUAAUUUGGGGAAAUAUUUUUGCUAAUUUUGCUUUUGAGAAGUGUACCCGGUGUAUCACUUUAAAUUGGACCAGUGAGUGUCGUGCGCACAUUGAAGAUGAGUGAACCCUUUUCUCAAUUUUUGCCCAGGUUACGUCAUCUAUUGGUAUUUGGAGGUCUUGUUCCCAUGCUUUUCUAAUUCUUGGCAUGGAAGUGCAUUCUAAUCCUAAAAGUAAAUUAAGUAUAUAUGAAAUUGCCCUCUUCUUUGUUGGAUUUAAAGACAUCAUUUCAUCUGUGGUUGAUUUAGAGGGUUUAUUAGGGAACUGUGGAAGAACUGUUUUAACAUAAUCCCUUAUCUGGAAAUAUCUUAACAUAUGGGAACUUGGUAGAUUAAAUUUCUUGGACAACUCCGUAAAAGAGGCGAAUAUAUUGUCUAUAAAAAGGUCAUUGAAACAUUUCAAACCCCUUUGAUGCCACAUAUUAAAAGCUGAGUCUUUAAAAUGUAUUUCCGUGAGAGCCGUAUAAUAUUUUUUAACAACGAAUACAACUAAAUGCGUGCAUUCUUAAGUAAGAACAACAUUUUUAGAGUACUAUGAGUCUCUUAUUCUUUUUAAUAACAAUGUUGUUCUGAAGCUAACCAAUAAUAAAUGAAAUGUUUCUUAUCAUUAAUGCGACUUCUGUGCUGCAUGGUUUUGCUGAUGGCUUUGUAGUCUGGUUGAUACGUGGUUAUUUUUAACACUGUGAUUACCAGCGGAAUUAUUCAUUACUUAUCGUGUUAAGCAGUGUCAGCUGAGAUUGAUCUGAGAGCCAGAUGCAGUCAUCAAAAGAGCCACAUCUGGCUCUAGAGCCAUAGGUUCCCUACCCCUGGGUUAUUAGGGUUAGGGUUAAUUAGGGUUGUUGUAUAAUAAGGCCAUGCAGAAUAAGGCAUUAAUAAGUACUUAAUGACUAUUUAAGAGCCAAUGUGUUACUAAUUUGCAUGUUAAUAAGCAACUAAUUAAUGGUGAAUAUGUUCCCCAUACUAAAGUGUUACCAAAGUAAUUUCUUGUCAAAUAUAUUUUCAGUACUUUACUAUAACUUACAAUAAAGUUACAAAUAAAUGCUGUUACUUUGCAAUUGUAAUUUUAUUUUAAAUCACUCUCGUUUGUUUGUUUGUCGUCUAUAUGGAACAGUUUGAAUUUACAGUAACUUAUUGUGGUAUUACAGAGUACUGACUACAUUCUUGUUCUGUGAAAGAACACUUAAUUGCUAUGAAAUAUAAGGGUAUCGUUAUUUUUACAGUCAGUUGUAAUGUUACAGUAUUUUUACUGUAAAAAAUACCGUUAAAUGCUGUGAAAUUUUUUACAGUGUGUUCUUUAUUUUUCUUUGUUUCUGAUGGUGUUUAAGUGACAACAAAGAAGCACUUUUAUUCCAGUAUUAGGCAAAUUCUGUAUUUUUUUUUUUUUAAAGUCUUGCAUUUGAUCUUGCAGCUGCAAUUUAAUUUGAUGGACCUUCAUGACCCCAAUAUAAGACCACCUGUCUUUUUAGGAAAAAUAUCCCUUGGUAAUAAAUACACCACUGGCCCCCAAGUCACUAGUGCAUGUGUGAGCGACAGGAGGAAAAGCUAAAUCACUAUAGUACACCCCAGACAUAAGACAAAACAACGUUUUGGGGUAGUCUUAUAUUGGGGUCACUACAGUAGAUUUAAUAUGUACUAAAUUCACUUUAACAUGGUGGCCUGCCAAUAUAAAGCAUCAGAAGUAUCCCGUGCUAUACGUCAAAUGCAUCGAUGGGGCUGGGACAGUACAGGACCCUGACUCUUUGCCACCCACCCACCCAGAACCAAAGGAAAACGGUCCCACAGAUCUGACUUAAGUCUUCUCUACACGCAUGACUCCGGUCCCCUAAACGACUGUAAAUGAAAACUGUACAUAUACUGUGUAAAGAGGGAGGACGCCAUUUCUAACAAAAGUCAUAAUUUUCCAAGCUUGUGUAUAUUUCAGGAGUUUUGAUCAUUUGCACUCUGUGUAGUGUCUGUGAUGAAUGUCCACCCUGUGUAGAAUUAUUCCAGCUGUGUUUAAUCAACUAGAUAUUUUGAUCAUUAUUUAUGUUUAAGCUACGAACAGUUUUUUUAAGCGGUGAUGGAAAAAGUCCGAAAAUGAGUUCUUUUUUGCAUUCAGGACACAUGUGAAAUAAUAUUAUAGAACUAUGAAUAAAGAGUGUUAUGAGGA